UUCAGUGCAAUACGAUCACAUCUUCUCUCCUCAGAGGCGCCGCUGAUUGGCCGGAUCAGUUCGCGUGCAUCUCAGGGCGGCGUGUGCGCGCGCUUUCGCCUCUCCAUCUCAGCGCGCGACAAACGGGCACGGAAAUUCAAACCGCAUCGAUAUCAAUACAGUUCCACGGUGAGGAUCUUUAUUCGCAUUCGGUUUCCCUCGCGAAAACUUGACGGAAACUUCCCAAGGAUUAAGGAUUCUUCGGUGCACGCGCGAUACCAAUAAUAAGCGAGCUGUGUUUUGUGAGGGGAUUGCAAUGUUCCCGACCAAGGCGAUCAUCUUGGUGCUUCUUUACUUUGGCAGAGCAGUUGCUCUGCAAGUUGAAAUUACACCUUCCCACGGUGAGAUCAGUGUGGGGGAGUCUCGAUUCUUUCUGUGUGAAGUUACCGGCGGGGUGAAGGAAAUCAACUGGUUCUCCCCAAGCGGGGAGAAGAUCGAGCCUGGCAGGCCGGACAUCAGCGUGACUCGUAACGACGAGACGUCCUCCACUCUUACGAUCUACAACGCAAAGGUCGAUCACGCUGGAACAUACAAAUGUGAGGCCAGCAGCAGUGAUCAACAGGCCGAAUCCACCGUCAAUCUUAAAAUACAUCAAAAAAUCACCUUUACAAAUGUCCCAUCACCACAAGAGUACAAAGAGGGGGACGACGCCAUCAUUGUGUGUGAUGUCAUAAGCUCACCGCCACCAGUUGUCCUGUGGAAAUACAAAGGUGCAAAAAUCCAAUUUGAAAAAGAUGUACGUUUUGGGACACUGCCUAACAACCACCUCCAAAUCCGAGGGAUCAGGAAGACCGACGAGGGGUCUUACACCUGCGAGGGUCGCAUUAAGGCACGGGGGGAGGUCGACUUUCGCACAAUUAAAGUUGUUGUUAACGUACUUCCCACCAUAAGAAUCCGUCAAGCGGAAACCAAUGCCACUGCAGAGAUAGGCCCCCCUACAGUGUUGGCCUGUGACGCAGAUGGAUUUCCCGAGCCGAUGGUGACCUGGAAACGGAACAACAUUUUGCUUGAAAGCGGGGAUAAAUACAGCUUCAAUGAAGAUGGUUCAGAGAUGACUGUACUGGAUGUGACAAAGCUGGACGAGGGAGAUUACACCUGCAUCGCAACGAAUAAAGCUGGGAAAAGUGAACAAGAGCUCAGCCUUAAAGUCUUUGUGCAACCCAAAAUCACAUUUUUGGAAAGCCAGACUACAACAGAAAUGGACGAAAAAGUCACGUUAACGUGCGAGGCCACCGGAGACCCCACGCCCACCAUCACCUGGAGCUUCGGUCCCCGCGUCUUCACCGAGGGAGAACAGGAGCACCAAAAGCGGAUUUAUCAGGCUUCUUGGACUCGGCCCGAACAGCACAAGGGUCCAGAUGGUGACGUGUUGGUCCGAAGUGACGCACGCGUGUCUUCGCUCACCCUUAAGUACGUCCAGUACACAGACGCCGGCGAGUACCUCUGCACAGCCCGUAAUGCCAUUGGAGAGACCGAACAGCCUGUGAAUCUGGAAGUUCUCUAUGCCCCGAAAAUCCAGGGCUCAGUAACGGUGUACACGUGGGAGGGCAACCCAGCCAACAUCAGCUGUGAAGUCCUGGCUCACCCCAGCAAUGUUUCUAUUAUGUGGUUGCGAGACGGGAUACAGCUGCCUAACGCUAACACCACCAACAUCAAGAUCUACAACACGUCUUCCGCCAGUUACCUGGAGGUCAACCCAGAGUCGAGCGAUUUCGGCAACUACAACUGCACUGCUUCCAAUGAGAUCGGGACCGAAUCCAAAGAGUUUAUUCUGAUCCCUGCCGAUGUACCCUCAGCGCCGGUCAUCACUCAGGCCCUGCCGUACUCCAGCACGGCUCAGGUGCUUUUUGAGGAGCCUGAAUCCACAGGAGGAGUUCCUGUGCUCAAGUACAGAGCGGAGUGGAGAGCCAUGGGCCGAGGGAAAUGGGUUCAGCGCGUCUAUGAAGUAAAAGAUGGACUGAGUUCAGUCACAGUCACGGGCCUCAAACCCGAAACAGAUUACGAAGUCAGGAUGUCUGCCAUCAACGGGAAAGGCGAAGGCGAGAACAGUACGCCGUUGGUCUUCAAAACCGAACACGUCCGAGAGCCCAGUUCCCCUAAACUAGAGGGCACCCUGGAGCCCAAGGGCAAUGCACUAAAGCUGCACUGGAUCAAACAAGACGAUGGAGGCUCACCCAUAAUCCAUUACCUGGUUAAAUACAAAGCUAGGGAAGACGCAGACUGGAACACUGAGAUCCGUAUGCCUCGUGUGAGCAGCCACGUGAUAUUGAGCGAGCUUCAGUGGGACACUGAAUAUGAUGUUAUUGUGGUGGCGGAGAACCAGCAGGGCAGGUCCAGUCCCAGCACCCUGACCUUCAGAACCUCAACAGAACCGGCAGCUACAACAGUCAAUCUGAGUUGUUCUUCUGUCACGUGCACUCUCGCCUCUUUACUGCCCUCUCUAUUAUUGCUGCUCGUGCUUUGAUAGAGGAAUGUGUUCUCCUCAUGUUGAGGACUUGUUGCAUGAUUUUUUCGUCUCUAAUAAUCCAUGUGCUGGGAACACUAAGCCUCAUAGACAAAGUAACGCAAGAUCACGACUAAAAAAACGGCUACCUGUAUAGCCACCCACUUCUGAGGAUCACAUGCUAGCAGGCUUUCAAAUAAUGUUAUUUGGAACACAACAGACUUACACAGAAACACAAAUCUCAUGACAGAUGUAUGCGAAGGAGAUGAGCGCAGAUGUGUGGACUUGCUAAGGAAAAGCAAACAGUCAGUAGGGACUAGAUUACAGCAGGGGUCAGAUUCUCAGGGGCAGCUGUCCUCGACUUAUCCUGACUGCAAAUUUGGGCAAAAAUCUUAUGUAGUUAAAUUUAUCCUUUUAUUGACAGUAACUCAAUUUUAAGAAAUGAAAGAAUGGUUAAAAGCACAGGGAAUAUGUCUUAGCUAUCUGUAGACUUUUUUCCUCUAACAAAAAUUGUACAAAUUAAGACCUUUGGGAACAGCUUUGUAACAGACCUUUCAGAUGUUAUUUUAUUGCCUAAAAGACUUUUUGAGGCUUAAACAUGAAACCUUCUUAAUGAUUGGAAACAACUAUGUAUUAUAAUGACUGCUAGGGCUAUUCUUCACACGUGUGGCAUUAUUAAAUUGCUUUUUUACAUAAACCGUUUGUGGCAUGUGGUUUCUUUUUGAUAUCUUUAUGUAAUGUAAUGAGGUUAUGUUUUAGAAGUGAACCAGAAAGUAAAUCAAGUAUAAGGAAAGUCAUCUGUAUUCACACUGUCACUGGUGCUGAAAGAGGACGUGGAUCUCAUUUUGGUUAUAAAACAAAUCCAACUGUUAAUUUCCAAUUUGUACCAAUAUAUUGUUACGUUGUAAUUUUAUGAUUUAAUAUAUAAUUUUUAGAUAACUCUUGUGUGUACUUCAUAAUGUUGUUUAUAUAGCCCUCACUCCGUCAUCUCCAUUCUCCUCUACAGUAUGUUGUUAUACUACUGUAUGUGUCUUUACCUUUAAGUGUGCUAUAAUGACCAAAAUAGUAAAAUAUCCACACAUUGUUAUUACUGAAAGUAACUGCAAUGCUUCAACCUGCAGGUUAUCAUAUGACAUGUUUCUUUUUUGCCUAAUAAAUUCUUGCAUGCGGUUUCAACAGUCC